GCAAGGGGCGCAAAGACUUCCGGGAUAUGUAGUGCGCUAUAGUGACAUACAGCUGACAUUUUCAGUGGAAGGCAGUGGCCUGUGUGAUAUCUUGUGCUGCUUUUAAUUAUUUUAUUCAAACUAACGUGGAGGCAAGGACAAGUGAGCUCAUCAUACCGUACCCUGGAGCCAUUAUGUCCCUUUAAUGACUGAUAACUAAGGUGGAUGUAUACUACAGAGCUGUAAUACAAUCAAUAUUACCCAGUUAGCCCCAAAUUACUGCUUGUUUGACCUGCCGCUCCAGCAAUGUUCUUAGUUGGGCUGUCUGGUGGCAUUGCAUCCGGCAAAAGCACUGUGGUCUUGAUACUUCGAAAACUGGGCUGCGCAGUGAUUGAUGCCGACGUACUUGCAAGGCAGGUGGUUCAACAGGGGACCACAGCAUACAACAAGAUCGUAUAUCAUUUUGGAAAAGAGGUGCUUUUGGAUAAUGGCGAGCUAGAUCGUGAGAAGUUAGGAUCAAUUAUUUUCUCUGAUCCAGAAAAGCGGGGCUUGCUAAACUCAAUCACACAUCCACCUAUUCGAAAAGCAAUGCUGAGGCAAAUACUCUGGUAUUUUUUCUUAGGUUAUAGGUACGUGAUCCUUGACAUCCCUUUGCUGUUUGAAUCAAGAAACUUGAUACACUACAUGAAACACACUAUUCUUGUCUACUGCGAUCCUCAGACCCAAACAGAACGCCUGAGCCAGAGGAAUGGUCUAUCCCGGGAGGAUGCUAUGAAACGUCUAGCUUCACAGCUCCCUAUAGACAGUAAGGUGCCACUGGCGGACCUUGUAAUUAAUAACUCAGGAGACAGAGAUAGCACCCGGCAGCAGGUACUUCAGCUCCACGCUCGUCUGGAGGCAUCCUUAAGCUACCUUCCUGUUCGGGUGGCUGCUGUGACAAUGACCACAGGGAUCGUGGCUUGCAUGUGGAUCAUACUUCGGCGGUUCUGGCUGUAAAGAAAAGUAGAGGAACAAUUGCAAAUGGAAAUGUAAUUAUAUAAUUUAAUAACAAUGACUUUUUAAAUGGUUCAGUGGUGUCUUGGAGCACAACGACCUGAUACCACUGACUUUUAGGGAUAUACUUUGAUUGAUACAUAUAUUUUGGAAUAA